CGAACAGUUCACAGCUCAAACAGUCCAAUCGAGCUCUAGACACUCUGGCUCAGCCCAACGACCCAAUAUUCUCUCCUAUUUUCCCUCCACUCCACUCAACGAACCAAAACCUAAUUUUUGCACUUUACACUUACAAAUAACCAACUUGAACGAACUUUCUUCGACGAACUUUCGCUCUCCCUCCUUCACCCUAUUCUUUCUCUCUGCUCUCUCUAUUUUUCUUUCCAUUUGUCGGCGUUUUCUCGCCGGCAAUACCCUUUACUUCAAUGUACCUUGCUCGGAAGCAUCCCAUACUCUUUCCUUUCUUGACCAAAUCUUAAACUCAAGAAAUCAGAAGAAAACAAGAAAAGAAAGAUCAGAGCGAGGGUGAGAUGGAGAAAAAUUACGUGUUGGAGAUAACCUUAAUCUCUGCUCAAGGACUUAAGGAACAAUCUGGUAAACUCCGCCGCAUGCAAACCUAUGCCGUCGCUUGGAUCGAUGCCUCCGUCAAGCUCCGUACUUGCGUUGACCGCGACGGCGGCGAAAACCCUACCUGGAACGACAAAUUCCUCUUCAAGGUUACAUCGGAUUUUCUUUCCAGCGAAACGUCCGGCGUUUCUGUUGAAAUCUUUGCGGUCGGUGUCCUCCGAGAUACUCUCCUUGGCACCGUCCGGUUGCUUGUUAGUCAUUUUCUUCGGUCCGGUUCUUCCUUGAACGCUUUAAAGACUCCUUCUUUCAGUGCAGUUCAAGUCCGCCGACCUUCUGGUAGGUUCCACGGGGUUCUCAACGUUGCCGUUACAAUUCUUGAAGCUGCUGAUGUCCCAGCCAUGACCGGUGUCUCCGCUAUCGGUUUCCGUGAUCUAAUCGGCAAGAGCCUUCAUCCAAAGACAGACCGGAGGAUGAAGAAAUCAAAGUCUACACUCCCUAUAUCUCGCGAGCAUUUGUCCCGUGAUUCUGAUGAUCAAUCGGACGAUUGCGAUUCGACGACUUCGUCUUCAUCCCCGGCAUCAACGGUUUUGAGGGAGUGGAAUGGGAUAGUUCGGGAAUUGGAGAGAACGAAUCAUGUAAGGUCUUCAUCAGACGGUGGAAGAUUGCUUUGCGGAUUGGGGUUGUCGCCAAGGAAGUCUGCUUGUCUCGGCCCCGUCAUGUUCAAUCAAAGCUUUAAUGAAGGGAAACUGAUGAAUGGACGGUCAAGAUUCGCUUGAUAAGAUUGAGGAAAGAAGGAUUUGUCAGUAUGUUUUAGUACGUCUUUUCCCCCAUUUGACAUUCCAAGGAUAAAACUACUGAUUUGUGGUAAGGAGUGUCUCUUUGUUUGUUUCUUACGUUCUGUUUGCUGUAUAUUAAUAUCAAAUUUGUAGGCCUUCAGUUUCUUCCGAUUUUUCCCAUGUAACCAGUUCUUGAAUUGCAGAUUUAGCUUUACUUGUGCAAUCGCCAGAAAUGAGGAAUCUAUUUGUAUUUGUUAUUCCUGACUUCCGAAUUAUGAGCUUUAACAUCAAUUUGGGCUAACAUCAUAGGAGGAGAGGGUAAGUAAAUAAAAACAAGUCGAGCUGCCAAAUUUAAGAUGGGCUUGGCAAAAUUUGAUUCUCCUUAAUAGUAUGACUUGAAGCCCAUAGCUGAGAAUUGCAGUAGACUACUGCUAAUGAGUCCAAAUGAGUGAACAAACUAAUUGGGAUGACAGCGGAGAACUAGCCCAUAAUCAAUA